CCAGCCCAGGCUCCGCCCCCGGGAGGGCACUUCCGGCGCAGCGGAACCCCGGGUGCGGGCUGAGGUUGUCGGCGGGCCUGCUGUGCUAUCUCGGACACGGCCCCAUGAGCGCGGCGCCCCUGGUGGGCUACAGCAGCAGCGGCUCGGAGGAUGAAUCCGAGGCUGGGGCGCGGACUCGGCCCGGGGAUGGGACCUGCCGUCGUGGCCAGGGCCCUAUUCCCAGUCAGAAGUUCCCAGUACCUGACUGUGUGCUGAACAUGUACCUAGGUACUGAGGAGGGACCUGAAGAUGACAGUGAGAAACAUGGGGGGCGUGUGCGCACCUUCCCCCAUGAGCGGGGCAACUGGGCUACCCACGUUUACGUACCAUAUGAAGCCAAGGAGGAGUUCCUGGAUCUACUUGGUACGUUGCUGCCUCAUGCCCAGACCUAUGUCCCCCGGCUGGUGAGGAUGGAGGCAUUCCACCUCAGCCUGUCCCAGAGCGUGGUUCUGCGCCACCACUGGAUUCUCCCCUUUGUGCAGGCUUUGAAAGACCGCAUGGCCUCCUUUCAGCGAUUCUUCUUUACUGCCAACCGGGUAAAGAUUUAUACCAAUCAAGAGAAAACCAGGACCUUUGUUGGGCUUGAGGUCACCUCAGGGCAUGCCCAGUUCCUAGAUCUGGUUUCAGAGGUGGACAGAGUCAUGGAGGAAUUCGACCUCACCACUUUCUACCAGACCUGUGAUGGCUGGGCCUGCGAGGGCAUCCAAGUGACUGCCUGCCUCCUGCUCUUCCUCUCUAGGACCCUUCGUUCCACAUCAGUCUGGCCUGGUGUGUGGGCGAUGCACGUCUCCAGCUGGAAGGGCAGUGCCUGCGGGAACUACAGGAGAUCGUGGAUGACUUUGAAGAUGCCGAGAUGCUGCUGCGUGUGCACACCGAGCAGGUCCGCUGCAAGUCUGGGAACAAGUUCUUCUCGAUGCCUUUGAAGUGAGCACCAGAGGCCUUCCGCAUCCUGGCCCCUCCGCAGGCCAGGCAGAGAUGGAGAAGCCUGCCAAAGUCAGAGGAUGCGUUCAGCCUCCAGCUGGGAGGCCUCAGCCACACCCUGAGCCUGGCAAGAGGAAAGCCACUCCUUCUCCUUCCUGGGGGCUGGUUCUCUCUCCUGGUCCUUUGAGGUUGCCUGUUGGAGCCUGCUGUAUUGUGGUCAUUCCCAGAAAUCGCCAGGAGAGGGCAGCCUGGGCAUCCUAAUAACUUCUGUGGUGGUUAUGCAAAGAAACAUUGGGGUCACCAGCGAGCCCACCCACAUUCAGUCAGAAUCUCAACUGCAGUCCCUCUGACAAAUAACCCCUCCCUGCCCUCUCUCGCCUCCCCCACUUCAGCGGUUUGUGUGUUGAUACUGUUGGCCUCAGGUCAGAGUUUUUAGAAUCAUCAUCCCCAGGCUCAUCCCUGGUCAAGCGAAAACAUAGGUGCUGCAGUGGGCCUGUCACCCUCCCUCCUUGAAGUGUGUCGCUUUUAUUUAUUUAUUUUAAUCUCAGCCCCCUCCUGUGCCAGCAGAGGCCAGUUCAGGGCCAAGGUACAGGGUGCUAAUUUGCAGUUCCACAUCAGCUUUCUCCAUUCCUUCCUCCCACUCGCCCCAGCCGAGUGCCUGGGGAGACAAGCAGAUGUUUCAUUUUGACCUGGUCGGUGGCUGAAAGCCAGGCCUCCAACGCACUGUGACCUCUGCUUCCCCAUCAGCUUUCCCGAGGAGAGAGGGCCCUUCCCCAGCCCAAGUCUUCCUUCUGCUGUCCCCUGCUGCAGCCUGCAGGUAUCCUGAGGGGACCCAGAGGAAGUGUCAGGCUUUCUCAUCAGACCCUCACCAGGGCAAGGACCAGUCCUCUACAGUUGUCAUCUGGUGACAGUUGAAGUCUUUUUGUAUUAUAGUUUUACAUUAUGUUCAACAAAUUAAAAUUGCAUUUGUUAUUUGGGA